AUGACAAAAGAGACAUACCGUGGAGCACUGUAUAGACGUUGGAGAUGGCAACAGACACUGAUAAAUAAAGAAUCGGGCCUUAUAUUUUCUGAAGAAGAAUGGAAAAUGGAAUGGAAUAACCUGUUGAAGUUGGCAUCUCCCAAACCCCGAACUGUUGCUGCUACAGCUGUUGCCGGUGUCUCAUCAUCUUCGUCAUCACCUUCAUCUCAGGGUAACCAAAGUUCGAAAUCGCCAUCAGGCACAUCGCCGGUGGUUUAUGAAAGCUUGGAGGAAUUCCAUGUGUUUGUGCUGGCCCAUGUUCUACAGCGACCCAUCAUUGUAGUAGCUGACACUGUUCUCCGUGAUGCAAAUGGAGAAGCACUUGCCCCAAUCCCAUUUGGUGGCAUCUAUCUACCACUGGAAUGCAGUUUUCUUACAUCGAACCACACGCCAUUGUUGUUGACCUACGAUGCAGCUCACUUUUCUGCUCUGGUACCCAUGACAACUGAUGCCUCACCAUAUGAUGAGAAGCCUACCGGAUAUCCAGCAGCAAUCCCAUUGGUUGAUCCCAGCUUUGAUUUGCUUCCCAUCCAUUUCCCAAUUGAUCCUGGAGAAAAAGUAAAUUGGAAAGCUCAUGAAAAGAACCUACAGCCUGUGGAACUAGCACUUGACGAAAGACUAUUAAUGUUACAGCGUUAUCUCGAGCUGGAGCGAUUGCCUAUCACUCAUCCAAUUGAAUUGGAGGAUGCUGAAGGAGUUGACCAGAAAUCCUGUGGUUCUUAUGAAUCAGACCAGAGUGAUGUGAGCAGCUGUGGUGGUGGUGGUGGUGGUAGUAGCGGUGGUGGUAGUGCCACCAUCGUUAGCAGUGUGAGCAGUAGUGUGAAAGAGAAAAAGAAAGAUCCCCGGGAGAAGCGGAUGAGCCAACAAAUGCAAACAGUGGCUAAGCAAUUUGGAAGCAUUAGCAAGACAAUGGUGCUUUUUCAUCACAACUUACUUCGACCAUCUUACAGCUGCAAGCAGUGUAAAUUAAUAAGAAAAGAUACCGAAGAACAGGACUGA